UGGAGCUGCCUGAUUGGUCCGCGUAUCGCAAUAAAUGCUGUCGAAUGGAACUCCCUGAAGAAAGUAGAGAAAAAGUUUAUUUUUUUACUGUAUAACAAUGCAAAGAGGCGUAUACAUGAUGCUGUGUUAGCAUCACAGUAUGGUAGGCUGUGCUAAUGUGUUUGACAAACAUAGUAAAGCACUAGACCCAUGUUUACAUUUCAAACUGCAUGCUGCGUCCCUGUCCUCUCACCACCAGGGUAGUGCGGGGAGGAGGCACGUCCGCGUCCACAAACCGAGGGUCUUAUUAAAUAUGGCAACAAAAAAGAGAAUCGCAGCUGCAGCAUCGCUGCUGACGUUUUGGAGGAUUUCAGAAAUUCAGCGCAGAAGAGCAGCUGCGCGGAAGCGUCUAUAUUUGAGGGCAAUCAUGCUGUUGCUGCUUUCAAAACAGGAAAAGAUUAACAUGGCCCCCUCCAGCUUGCUAAACAGACAUGUCCCAGUGCUGAGGGUUUACUUUGAAGGAGUGAAUGACCUUAGCCCUCAUUUCAGGGUUUCUAGGAGAACCAUGCAGCGAAUUAUGUCAGUGUUGCGUGAGGAUAAAAACAACGGCUGGGGAUAUGACCUCGAGAUCCUCAUGUUCAUGUUUUGGUUGGCAAGGGCGGCAUCGUACAGGGUAGUGGCAGCAUCUUUUGGUGUGCCGCGGUCAACCGUGCACCGGAUAAUUCAAAAGGUGUUGAAGAAAGUGGUCAGAAUCACAGCUCGGGUUAUUAAACUCCCUGGUCCUGACGAGCUUGCAGUCAUCGGUGAAGGCUUUGCUGAACUUGCGCAGUCCAGGGAGUUUCAGCUGGCUGUCGGAUGUAUAGAUGGAUGCCAUGUGCGGAUUAAGGCACCUCCAACUAACGAAGCACCUUGCUAUUUUAACCAGAAGUCAUUUUACUCCAUUCAGCUGCAAGCCGUCUGCAACCACAAAGGAAUGUUUGUGGAUAUAUUUGUGGGAUAUCCUGGUUCUGUUCACGAUUCACGUAUUCUCCGCAGCAGCCCAAUAUACACAAAAUCACUGUACCCGCCACCGGGAUAUUUUCUGCUGGGUGACAGCGAGUAUCCCUGUUUACAGGAACCCAUAGGCAUUCUUACUCCCUACAAGGAACCUGUGCAGAACCCGGUUCAAGCACAAUACAAUGCUGAACAUUCAAGGGCUUGGUCCGUUAUAGAACGUGCAUUUGGAAUGAUGACGAGUCGAUGGCGUGGUAUUUUUUCUAAGACCUUGGAGGUCCAUUACAAGUGUGCUCCAAUGGUCAUUGCAGCGUGUACUGUUUUGCAUAACAUUUGUAUCGCUGAAGGAGACCUAAUUGAGGUUGACACUGAACAUGCUCUUCUUCAUCAACAAGAUCAGCAUUUGGGAGAAAAGGAUGACAUUGGAAGUAGGAUUGUUGCCCGUCUGUCUGCUUCAAUUGACAUCCCCCCUCCUAUAUCGGAGCAUGACUAUGUCUUCUAAGUUUUUAUAAUUGGAUUAUUCUGGGUUUUCAGUGAGCCAUUGCACAUAGAUCACAUUCUGUUUGACCUUUUUAUAUUAAAAAGAUGAGUUCUAACAUUUAUACAAAGAGAUUGUUUCAACAUUUUUAUAUCCUUUUCCCCCCAAUUAUUCUUUAGUGUUGGUGAAGUUUGUCUUCUAAAUUAAUUCAAACCUUACUAAAUAAAAUGAUACUUAGUUUUUGUUCUGACUGUCAUUCCAAUCUACUAAUAGUUAGGGACUAUUUAACAUUUCUGUGAGCUUACAAUCCUUUCUUUGGUGUCUAUAAUGUACACAUGCAGAUAAUAUUGAAAUUCACAAUGGUGUACACUACUGUAUGUAUGUCAAAUCCACCAAAAGAAGGGGAGUGGAGGUCACGUAAAUGUUGAAUAACCCUUAUUGUGAAGUGGUUGAACAAUAUUUGUUUGUAAUGCAAACUUAUCUUUUGUUUAAACAGUAUGUUUGUGAAUAUAAUGAUAAAUAAAGACAGUGUUGGUAUAUG